AUGUUGUUUCGUCGAUUUCGACAAGUAAAUCUUUCGAAAAAUAUUCUCUAUAGAUUAAAAUGGACUUAUUCUCGAGUGUCAUCAUGUGGUACAUAUCACAUCUGUUUAAAUGCACAACAGCCACUUUAUAAAUAUCGAUUUAAAAACGUUUUACCUUUUCAUUCACCUGGCUUAGCACCAGUUCUUGAUCAAACUGGAAGAGCUUUUCAUAUAAAUGAACAUGGUGAACAUGUUUAUUCGCAAAGAUUUGAUCGUACAUUUGGUUUCUAUGAAGAUCUUGCUGUUGUACAGAAAGGUAAUCAUUGGUAUCAUAUUACCGAUCAGGGUUCUCCUGCGUAUAGAUCUGUAUGGCAAUGGUGUGGUAAUUUUCAAUCAAAUCGAUGUUCCGUACGAGAUUUUAAUCUGAAAUAUUAUCAUAUUGAUCGUGUAGGACGAAUUGUCUCAGGUCCUCAUUCAUAUGCUGGCGAUUUUCGAGAAGGUAGUGCAGUUAUUCGUAGUUCAAUCGAUGGUCUUUUCCGUGCAAUUGAUGAGAAUGGAGAUUUCCUUCAUUCAUCAUCGAAGACAACGAGUUUUUUUGAUCUUGAUAUUUAUCAUAAAGGUUUAGCACGAGCGCGCGAUGAAAAUGGAUGGUUUUUUAUCGAUCGUGCUGGUGUUGAUAUUGGACAAGGUCGUCGGUAUCGUCAAAUUGAGAAUUUUUAUAAUGGCCAAGCACUUGUUCAAUUACUUCACGAUGGCUCAAGAUGCAUUAUCGAUGAGCAACAUCGUAUAUUAGCUCGGUUAGAUAAUUGUCAAGAUGAAAGUAGGGCUGAUAUUGAACAUAUAUCCAAAAGUUAUUGGCCAUCAUUUGCACUUAAAAUAGGUUUAGAUCAAAAGACAAAUUUACUUCAAGUCGAUCAUCAAUCCAACGAUUACAAAUCAAAUUUAAGAGAACAAAUUCAACAGGUGUGGACUGAAUUGGGUUUUCUUAAAUUAUCAUCGGACCAAAAAACGUUUACUGUAACUGACCGAGGCCAUCUUCUUUUUGAUCGAAAUAGUAUUACUCGUGAUCGUGCUUGCUAUUGGCUACGAGAUCAACAUAUAUCAGCUUGGUUGCCAACUUUCGACUUUCAGAAUCAAUCCAGUUCCAAUUUUGAUGUUUUCUCUGAAAUUGCUAAAACACCGGAUCUUGUUGCUCUGACACAAAGAGUAUUGAAUUCAUAUGCUGAUCAAGAUUGGCAUGGUAUUACAUCUGUACUUCCCACGGAAUUAUUUCGAGCAUCUAGUGUUGUCGAUCUCGGAGGUGGAGUUGGUGCUUUGUUACGUGAGAUUUCAAAGCAUUGCGUAAAUCAGCGUUUAAUCUGUAUUGAUCGUCCUGAAGUUAUUCGCUUAGCUUCUACGCAUCCAAAAAUUGAAUUUUUAUCUGGAGAUUUAUUUUCUGGUGCCUUACCUUCAAGCGAUUUUUAUUUUUUGUCUCGUGUACUUCAUGAUUGGCCUGAUGAAAAAGUAAAAUUAAUUUUAAACCGUAUUCCAGCAGAAUAUCUAUGCGUAAUUGAACGUGAAGUAGAUGUGCAUAUCAAUCAACAUGCUCUUCUAUCAUUACAUAUGUUCUUAUUGCAUGGAGCGAAGGAGCGACCUCGUCAAGAAUGGGAUAAGUUAUUUUCAGCGACAAAUUGGUCUGUUCAAUCGCGUGUACCAUUUUCAGGUCAUACUAUCACUUUAGCAAAAAGAGAUGCGACUAUAAAAGAUAUACUACCAUCAACUUUUGCACGUCGGAAAACUUGUGUACGUAAAGUUGUUCUUCCUAUUGCGGGACUUGGCAUGCGAAUGCGCCCUCAAAGUACCAUUUUACCAAAAGCUUUCUUACCCAUAGUUCAAUCGAAUUCGAACGCAUGGAAAUGUCGUCCAGUACUUGAUCUUCUUCUUCAGGAAAUUUUUACGAAAGAAACUGAUAUUGAACAAGUACUAUUUGUCAUCGCACCUAGUCAAUUACAUUUAUUUCAAUCCUAUUUUUCAUCGUAUCCUCAUCAAAGUAUUGAUUAUAUUUUACAACAGUCACCAAAAGGCUUUGGUCAUGCUAUUCUACAAACUGAACAAUAUAUUGAUAAUGAACCUUUUGUUGUAAUGCUUAGCGAUCAUCUCUAUCAAUCGAAUAAUAAUCAAUCAUGUUUAGAGCAAUUACUCGAUGCAUACCGACAGAAUAUUGCAGGUGAAUCUGUAAUGGGUCUUACAGGUGUUAUGAAGUGUAGUCUAGAACAAGUCUCAGAAACUGGUUUAUUACAAUCAAGUUUAAACGUCAAGAAUAAACAUUUUUUUGAAAUUACAGAUAUGAUAGAGAAACCGUCUAUUGAAGUAGCACUGCAACAUUAUCAAUCUCGAUUAUUUGACAACGCUUUCUUGUGUCAAGCAGGCAUUGAUAUUUUACCUCCAACAAUUUUCGAUCAACUUCGACAACAUGAGAAAACGCUCGAACGAGAAAAUGUAACUACCGAGCUAGGUUUACGUGAAGCAAUGAAUAAUCUUCGAAAAAAUGGACAGCUACGUGGUUGUCUUCUAGAUGGCAAUCGAUACGAUAUUGGCAAUCCAAAAGAAUAUUAUCGUACAUUUCGUGCAUUUGCUUUUGAAGAAAAACAACCAUUACAACAAACUUCUACUAUGUCGAAGGCUUGGCCACUAGUGCAACGUAUCGAUAAAUUACGAACACUAUUCUCAUUAUCUAAGAAACCAAUAUAUAGUGCUAGUGCACCUGGUCGUCUAGAUGUGAUGGGAGGUUUUGCUGACUAUUCAGGUUCUCAUGUACUUCAAUAUCCAAUUGCACAAAAUACUCAUGCUUUUGUUCAAGUUUCUAAUACCGACACAGUCCAUAUGAUUAGUAUUCAAACAGAUUGCGUUGAUUGUGAGACGAUUAAUAAAAAUAACUUAACCGUAUGGGAACGUGAAAUUCCAAUGAAUUUACUCUUAGAUCAUACUAAUACAUUAAGACAACGAUUAGAAAACUGGUAUAAUCAACAACAAAAUAGUAUACCUUCAAAUGAUGAACCUAUAAAUUGGCCUAAUUAUAUAGUAGGCAUUUUAUCUCAGUUGAUAGAUAAAAUUGAUAGAGCAGUCAUACCAAUUGGCUUCAAUAUAGUUAUUAUUUCGGAUGUACCAUGUAAUAAAGGUGUAGCUUCAUCAGCUGCUCUUGAAGUUGCUGUUGCUCGUGCAGCAAGUGAAUGUCUUAAUCUCGAUCAUAGUAUAUCAAAUACUGAACUAGCUCUACUUUGUCAAUAUGUUGAAAAUCAUAUUGUUGGUAGUUCAUGUGGAUUUAUGGAUCAAAUGACAUGUGCUCAUGGAUAUGCUCAUAAUUUAUUUUCACUUCUUUGUCAGCAUACACCGAAUCCACCAUUCCAUAACUUUCUAUUACCUGCAAAUAUUCAAUUGUUUGGUAUUGAUUCUGGUGUUAAAAGAUCAACAGCAGGCGCUGCGUAUCGUCGUGUACGAACAGCUGCUUUUAUGGGUAAAAAGCUAAUGAAUCUACCCAACAAUAUUUCUCAUCUAUGUCAAAUAUCACUAUCAAAAUUUAAUAAUCAAUAUCGAAUGUUAUUACCAGAGAAGAUGCCUGGUAGCAAUUUCAUAGCAUCGUUACAUCUUGAUCCAUUAACUCAAAUAGAUCCUAAUGAAAUUUACCCAGUUCGUGCUGCAACGUCACAUCCUAUCGAAGAAAAUUUUCGUGUUCAACUAUUUGAACAAUUAUUAAAUACUGAUCAACAUUUAUCUAUUGAUCAUUUAUCUAGUCUCGGAGAAUUAAUGUUUCAAUCGGAUGCUGGUUAUACAUCAUGUGAUCUAAAUAGUGAAGAAACGCAUCUGUUGGUUAAUUUAAUACGGCAACAAAAAUCAUUAAAAAAUGUUCUUUUCGGUGCUAAAAUUACAGGUGGUGGUGGUGGAGGCACAGUUGCUGUACUCGCUCAAAAUUCAUCAGAAGCUGUUGAAACCAUAGCAACAAUCGUUGAUCAAUAUGAGAAAAUCAGUGGACGGCAAACUCGUACUUUUUCUGGUUCGUCCUCAGGGCUGGCCACAUAUCCAUCUAUGACAAUUGAAAUGUAG